AAUCCAGGACUGAGGGGGGGCGGGGGCGGGGCUUGUUUGAUGACGCAGCACGUUGAUAUACGUCAGUGCGUGUCGUGAAACAUGUCGGCGUCUGAGACUACGACAAAGGAGCCUCCUGAAGGGAAUGACUCAGAAACACCAGCAAAUUCAGAAGCUGGACCAAGUCAUGUGAAGGGCGAUAAUGCAGCCAUCACCACAGCUGCUGUUGCCAAACAGACGGAGCCCAUGGGUGCUAUGGCCUCUACGUUGCUUCCUCAGCAGCCUGGGAAGGACGCCUCAAGAGCAGGAGAGGAAGGAGACAAGAUGUCACCUGCUUCCUCUCCAAAGAAACAUGCUGCAGGAUUGGCUGCAAAGUCCUUUCCAUCAGCGUCGGCUUCGUCAUCGUCUUCCUCCUCUCCGUCCACCUCUUCAGCGCUUUCCCCCGGCCGAGCAAAGAUGAGUGUUUCCGGACCUGGCAGCAGUAAAUCCAUCCCAGGCCCCGCUCUUUCCUCUUCCUCCUCCUCCUCUGCCACAGCUUCCUCCUCUCCCUCUGUGUCCCCCGGCCCACCCAAGAUCCACCGGGCCCGCAAGACCAUGAACAGGCCUCCACUAGGCCAGAUGAACAACUUUGAGUUGCCUGUUGCACCCUCGGGACCCUCCGUCUCCCUUUCCUCUGACUCUGAAACAGCUGCAAAAAGGAGAAAAACGGAUCCUUUAUCCGACAUCACUCAUGAGACGUCUGAAAACAUCCCAGACAACGCUCAAACUGUGGAAGAAACAUUUGUCCAUAAAAAGCCUUCGACCAAAUCUGCAGCUGAGAAGAGCGACAUCGAUGUCGGAUCAAAGUCAGAGGAGGAAGAGAAAAUUCAGACUCCAAACCCAUCGAAGCGAGCGUCAGGAAAGGUGUCGGAGUUUGAUGACGGAGAGAAAGAAGGAAAUAAAGAGAUCGAGGACUCUGUGAACACAUCGGAUCAUAGCUCAGAGUCUGAGACGCACAAAGCUGAUCUGAGUCGAAACGAGAGCGAGGAGUCUUCACAAGAAAAAGAGAAAAACACGGCUGAUGUGGCCGAGCCGGUCGCAGCUGAAAGGUCGUCUGAUUACACCGAGGUUCCCCUGGGUGCUCUGGACAUCGCUGCAGCCGACAGUCUGACACUUUCUCCUCACCACGAAGGGAGCGAUGCAGGAGACACGGAGCGUCUGGAGGAGCUCCCCCUCUGCAGCUGCAGGAUGGAGGCUCCUCGCGUGGAGUGCAGCAGCCAGCGCGUCAGCAGACAGUGCAUGGCCACCGAGAGCGUCAACGGCGAGCUGAGGGCGUGCAUCAGCCGGACCAUCAAAGGGGAGACGAUGCGUCCGUCCAGCCGGGUUCCCCUCAUGGUGCUCUGUGAAGUCCAUCGCUCGCACAUGGUCAAACACCACUGCUGUCCCGGCUGCGGGUACUUCUGCAUCGCGGGCACUUUUCUUGAGUGCUGCCCGGACCAGCGCAUCGCUCACCGUUUCCACCGCGGCUGUGUGACGGUGCUGAGCGGCGGGCGCAGCAGAGGAAACGGAGGCGGCGGUAUGAUCUUCUGUCCUCACUGUGGCGAGGAUGCUUCAGAGGCCCAGGAGGUCACCAUCCCCUCGUUCAGCUCGGCCACGGCCUCCGCCACCACCGUCGUUACCAUGUCCGCCUCCUCCACCACGACCCCGUCCCUGCCCCCGUCUGUCCCCACGGCGCCCUCACUCACGGCGUCGACGGGAGGGAUGAAGGACGGGAAGAUGCCUGAGAGACCGGUCAGCGCUCGUAUGCGUAGCCACGGGUUGGUCAAGCCGGCGGUGGAGCAGCAGCCCCCGCAGCCGGUCGCCUCUGCAACACCUGCGACCGCCGUCCCCCCAGUGGAGGAGGGCGUGGACAGCGUGGGUCCCUCUCUCUGUAUGCCUAACGGGAAACCCAUCAGUCCAAGUGCACUACCGCCCGGGCCCAGCAGGGCGUCGCUGCAGAAAGCUAUCCUCACUCAGGACACAGAGAGGAAAAAGAAACUGAGGUUCCAUCCUCGCCAGCUUUACCCCGCUGCCAAACAAGGAGAGGUUCAGAGGGUUCUGCUCAUGCUGAUGGAGGGAAUAGAUCCAACGUACCAGCCUGACUCACAGAACCGGCGCUCUGCUCUCCAUGCGGCAGCUCAAAGAGGUCUGCUGGAGGUCUGCUACAUCCUCAUACAGGCUGGUGCUCAGGUGGACGCCCAGGACAAGGACCUGAAGACUCCUCUGUUGGAAGCGAUCAUCAACAAUCACAUCGAGGUGGCUCACUACCUGGUCCAGAACGGCGCCUGUGUCUAUCAUGUUGAGGAAGAUGGAUAUACCGGCCUCCACCACGCGGCCAAGCUGGGGAACAAGGAGAUCGUCAACAUGCUGCUGGAAACGGGGCAGGUCGAUGUGAACGCACAGGACAGCGGCGGCUGGACGCCGAUCAUUUGGGCUGCAGAGCACAAACAUGUCGACGUGAUCAGAUCCCUGCUGAACAGAGGAGCUGAUGUCACCAUUAAUGAUAAAGAGCAGAACGUGUGUCUCCACUGGGCGGCGUACGCAGGGAACGUGGACAUAGCGGAGCUGGUGUUGAACGCCGGCUGCUCCCUGACGUCGGUCAACGUGCACGGAGACACGCCGCUCCACAUCGCCGCCAGAGAGGGCUACCUGGAAUGUGUUACGUUGUUUCUCUCCAGAGGCGCAGACAUUGACAUCAUUAACCGGGAAGGAGACACGCCGCUCACACUGGCGCGGGCGGACACUCCUGUCUGGGUCGCCCUCCAGAUCAACAGGAAGCUGAGGCGAGGAAUAACCAAUCGCAUGCUUCGGACUGAAAGAAUCAUCUGCAGCGACAUCGCUCAGGGCUACGAGAACGUACCCAUCCCCUCUGUGAACGCGGUGGACGACGAAGGUUGUCCGUCAGACUACAAAUAUGUGUCAGAAAACUGUGAAACUUCAGCAAUGAACAUAGACCGCAACAUCACACAUUUACAGCACUGCAGCUGCACUGAUGACUGCUCGUCCAGUAACUGUCUCUGUGGACAGCUCAGUAUCCGCUGCUGGUACGACAAGGACCAGCGGCUGCUCCAGGAGUUCAACAAAAUUGAGCCUCCACUUAUAUUCGAGUGCAACAUGGCGUGCUCCUGUUACCGGACGUGCAAGAACAGGGUGGUGCAAGCAGGCAUCAAGGUUCGUCUUCAGCACUACAGGAAGAAGAUGGGCUGGGGAGUUCGAGCUCUGCAGGAUAUUCCCCAGGGAAGCUUCAUCUGCGAAUAUGUCGGGGAGCUGAUCUCUGACGCAGAGGCCGAUGUCAGAGAAGACGACUCCUACCUGUUCGACCUGGACAACAAGGAUGGGGAGGUGUACUGUAUUGAUGCCCGCUACUAUGGCAACAUCAGCCGCUUCAUCAACCACCUGUGUGACCCAAACCUCAUCCUGUGUGUGUUCAUGCUGCACCAGGACCUGAGAUUCCCCCGCAUAGCCUUCUUCAGCUCCAGGGACAUCCACAGCGGACAAGAGCUCGGGUUUGAUUACGGAGACCGUUUCUGGGACAUUAAGAGCAAGUACUUCACCUGUCAGUGUGGAUCAGAGAAAUGUAAACACUCGGCAGAGGCCAUCGCCUUGGAGCAGAACAGGCUGGCUCGUAUGGAGGCUUGCCCAGAAUCGGGGGCUGACUGUGGGAUGAGCAUGAUGGGAAACUCCUAAGAAGAAAAAAAAACUCACACAUGAGGCCUUUGGAUUAUCUGUUAUACAUGUGCACAUACUCCAUGUGUGUUUUAUCACUUGUACAUUUCUGUAUGAUGCAUGUUGCUGCCUUUUUUUACUUAAAGUAUCUUUUUGUUUCCAUCCUGAAGGUAAGCUCUUCCCUUUAUGGUCGAAGACAUGGACCUAAACAUAUUCUUACACCUCUCUUUACAUACAGUAUGUUUACUGUCUGUUUAGUAGGAAGAACUACCACAUGCCAUUUACUCUGUCAUGCCAACAAACAGGAAGUAUUUUUACACAGUACAAUAAUGGGUCAACCGUCAGUCCCUAAUUACCGUAAUUCAAUUAUGAUGAAAGAGAUUUUGUUGUCUUUUGGAUGCUUGUUUUAGCUUUGUUGUUUUUAUUUUUGUACGUAUAGUUUUCUUUAUGACAUUUAGUGUAAUAAAUAAGCUCAUGAGUUGAUCUUUGAGCUCUUGAAUUAA